AAUGACUCUAGAGCGAGAACGCAUGAGGAAAGAGAUGGAGGAGAAGAAAAAGAAAAUGAUACAGUGUGAAAGAGAAAAAGAAAUUGAAAUCCAGGACUUACUAAGAAAAGUUGAAGAGCAAAAGGCUGAGCUUCAAAGGCUGACCAAUGAAACAGAAAAAGCUGAAUUAGAACUGCAGGAACGACAGGCCCGUGAAGCAGAAGAAGAGCUCCAACUUAGUAGGAUCACUGCUGGAAUCAGCCAAAUCCUGGAUAGGGUCGCAGGUCCUGGAAGCUCUUCUAAAGUUAAGGACCCCAUCGAACAGCUGGAAGUGAUUGGGCAGUUUCAUCGAUUUUUAACAGCUGCAGAUGAAUCAGAUGAAGACCAACAAGAAGAGCCGAGUAAAACCGGCCAGAUGUAAAAAAAAACUGGAUCGUGCACUGGGUUGGGAGGGACAGCAAAAAUACUGUAUGGACUGAAGGGAUGGGUUCUUGGAUCCACUGCCACUUCAAUGUACAGUAUAGACUGUCCUUUGAGUGGUUGUUAAUUAAGUUAUUAAUCAAUAUUUAGAUUUUGGAGAUUUUGGAGUUACCAUUGUGCUGAAGAGUAGAUCCUGUGGUUAGGUUGAUGAUUGGCCAAAUACUAUAAAGACUGUAUGUUACUUUAUUUAAAAAGUAAUGGCUGUGUUCUUUUCAGCACAGUCUCAUUGCUAAAUACUCAAAAACAUGCAGGUGUGCUUGUGCUUUUGUUAACUAACUUGAAAAUAUGAAACAUCUAUAAUGUAAAUAAUAAUAAAAUAUAAGAGAUAUAGUGUAUUAUUUA